AUGAACCCAACAGAGCUUGAAUUUCAGCGGUUACUAGCAGAAGAUAAACAGGUCCAAUAUGCAUACCAUGCUAUCAAGAAAUAUAAAAAUGACCUUAAACCAGACCUAACAUCCUUAGACAAGGAUCAAAAUACCAAGAGACACAUAAUGAACAUAGAUGAUGUCUCUAAGAUAAAUUAUGAAGUGAUAAAGACUGUUCCUGGGACAUUCAUCGCAACGGCUUCAAGAGAGGAACAAGAUAUAAAUGCUUUGAAAGCUACUGUGUUUAAAGAUGAUUUAUUUCGUAUGAAUGAUAAAUUUGCAGCAUCUAUAAAUGGAAGGGUUGAGGAGAUACCGAAUUUAAAGGUGGAAGAGGAUGAAGUAAUAGAGGGUGAUUCAGAAGUAGAUUUAUUGUUUGAAAAAAUCGGUUGGUUAACCAAAAUUCAAACUAAUUUGAUUAAUGAAUAUAAGAACGAAUUGAAUGAGGAGAGGAAAUGGUUUACGCUCAACGAAAUAGUCUUGGAUGCAAAUGCGGAACUAGAUCUCUUCAGCGUAAAGAAUAGAAAUAGAAAGAGAACUAAGGGUGCAAUUGAUUUAGGUGCCGCCGAAGUAGCUACCCAAUCAUUCAGUUCCACGCUUGCUUUCAAUAGACCGAAAAGAAGGAAAGUAGCACCGGGGAAAAUAUCUAAUGUAGUCUAA